UUCAGUCAGGCAGAUAGAUUUUGGAGAAUAUUUAGGAAAACCAUUCUAAAGUAAACAUAUCCAAGGAGACGGAAUAGAAGCUAAAAAAAAUUGCUUCCUACUAGUUCCUACUAUUCAUGAAGAUUUUCUGCAGUGAGAAGUGUAAAGCAAAAUUUGCUUUCUAUCGGUAUUGAAAUGUAAAUUACACACCUCCAUUUUUGCAAUAUUAAAAAAAUAUUGACAAUAAAAUUUACGCGGGAAUUGCUCCGGCAAAAUCCGUUGUUAAUUUUACAAAAUGACUGAUGCUUUGUGCCACUUAGUUGUUGAUGGGAACGACGUUUUGGAAUUCAAACUAGUGAGGUCGGUAGAUGAUCUCGAAAAUGAAGAGACAAGCUUUGGUCCCGACAUGUGUCACCAGGUAUUUGGAGAGAAUGAGAAUAUAUUUGGAUAUACAGAUCUACACAUUAAAUUAUAUUACAGUGCAGGAAGUCUUCAAACAUAUCUAGGAAUUGAUUACACUGAUAAGAUCGAACCAAGUAAGUCAGAAGGAAUGAAAGCAGAUGAUGUUGAGGGUGCUCUGACUAAAGUUAUAGCACCAGGGUAUAUCACUAAUUUGGAUCACUUUGUGUCACAAUUAAAGAAAGAUGAGUCAUUCACACCACAUGGAAAAAUGCUGCAUGCAUUCAAUGUAACCCCUUUUGAUGGAGAGAGCAGAUCAUUUGAAGUAUAUUAUUGUGAGACUUCAACUCAAGGUUUUCUAGAAUACCAUCAACGUUUACAAACAUUUCUCCUGUGGUAUGUAGAUGCAGCGUCAUUCAUAGAUGUUGAUGAUGAUCAGUGGACAUUCUUCACAGUUUUUGAGAAAUAUCAAACGAGUGAAGGCAGUGUUCGAUACGCUACAGCUGCCUAUGCAACUGUAUACAGAUACUAUGCCUAUCCAAACCAUCAACGUCCACGAAUCUCACAAGUUCUCACAUUACCGCCCUUCAGAAAACUCGGAAUUUGUGCACAAAUGUUACAGGCCAUAUACUCUCACUUUAUAAUAAUACCUGAAGUGAUAGAUCUCACAGUUGAAGACCCCUCACCUGACUUUCAAAGGGUUAGAGAUUAUGUUGAUGCUAAGAACUGUGAAAGAUUACCGGCAUUUCAGCCAGCUGCCUUAUACUUAGGGUUCUCAGCUGAAAUGGCGAUCCAGGCGCGAAAUAAAUUUAAAAUAAACAAAAAACAAGCAAGGAGAAUUUAUGAAAUAUUGCGUUUGAAGAAUACAAAUACUUCUGAUAAGACUGCAUAUUUGAAUUAUAGAUUAGAUGUUAAGAACAGACUGAAUGCUCCAUUUCAGAAAAAGAAGCUAGAAAUGAAAAAGCUUCAGAAGGUAUUGAAACCUGAAGAGUUUGUAGCUACUGUGACAGUUACUGGUGCUAAUGAGACACAGGCGAGACUCUCCAGUCAAUACCACUCGCUCGAGAUCGAGUACCGCCGCGUCAUACAUCGGAUGGAACAAGACUAAUGCUCGGAACCAUCAGGCGGAGUUUGCAGGCUGCCCUUUACAACUCCAUUAUCGUGUGAAAUUAUAGGGACGAAGAUUACUAAAUUGUGCAUGAGGACAAAAAAUAAUUAUGUUUGAUUAAAGUGAAGUGUACUUAUUAUAUGUCACGAGCUUUGGAUAUUCGACAGUACCAUUUUUUUAAUUAUAUAAAUGAUAAAUUUCAUAAAUGCUCAAUAUUAACAAGUUUAUUACCUAUUAUUUUGUCCAGUAAUACUAUUAUUGUAAGAUUAUAAGAUUCUUUCCAAUGAUUCCAAUGUCACAUUUUCUGAUAAUCCACGUUAAUAAAGUUUUUUGAAAUAAUUAACGCCCGAAUGUUGAUUGAGGAUCGUCAGUCACUAGAAAAUUAAUUCAUUAAUGCCUCUCAAUAUUUGGGCAUUAUUUAUUUUGUUAUGAAUGCUGUGUGAACGUGAUUUUGAAAUAAAACAAAUUUUGG